AUGGGCGCAUGUUGCAGUGUUUGUUCAUCGGAAAACGAGGGAUCGUAUGCUCCGUUGUUGGCAGAAAACGAAAGAGAAGCUGUGUCCAAUCUGCUUCGUUAUCUAGAUAAUCGGGGAGAGGUCAAUCUAUUUUCAGAUGGUCCGCUAAAAGCCCUGACGACUCUUGUUUAUUCAGACAACUUAGAUUUGCAACGGUCGGCAGCGCUAGCUUUUGCUGAGAUCACUGAGAAAUAUAUCCGUCCAGUAUCACGAGAGGCCCUUGAACCAAUCCUUCUUCUACUUCAAUCAUCAGAUGUAGAGAUUCAAAGAGCAGCUGGUGCUGCGUUGGGAAAUCUGGCUGUUAAUAAUGAAAACAAGCGUUUAGUGGUAGAAAUGGGUGGACUUGAGCCUCUUAUUCGCCAAAUGAUGUCUCCAAAUGUUGAAGUUCAGUGCAAUGCUGUUGGCUGUAUGACAAACUUGGCUACUCAUGAAGAUAAUAAGGCUAAAAUAGCCCGUUCUGGUGCCCUCAUGCCAUUGACAAAACUAGCGAAAUCAAAAGACAUUAGAGUACAAAGAAACGCUACCGGAGCUUUGUUGAACAUGACGCAUUCAGAUGAGAACCGACAAGAAUUGGUAAAUGCAGGUGCAAUCCCUGUGCUGGUGUCACUAUUAUCAUCAAAGGACGCUGACGUCCAAUAUUAUUGUACUACAGCAUUGAGUAAUAUUGCUGUCGACCUCGAGAACCGUCGUAAGCUUUCUCAAACUGAACCAAGGUUGGUAAAUCAUCUCGUCAGCUUAAUGGGAUCUUCUUCCCCACGUGUACAAUGCCAGGCUGCUUUGGCACUACGGAACUUAGCAUCUGAUGUAAACUAUCAACUGGAAAUCACCCGUGCUGACGGACUACCACAUCUUCUCAAUCUGUUACAAUCGAGCCAUACACCACUAAUACUUGCUGCAGUUGCAUGUAUCCGCAACAUUUCUAUCCAUCCUUUAAAUGAAUCUUCUAUCGUCGAAGCUGGUUUCUUGAAGCCUUUGGUUGAGCUGCUCGGCAAAACAGAUAAUGAGGAGAUUCAAUGCCACACUAUCUCCACCUUACGUAAUCUAGCUGCCUCCUCUGAGAGAACUAAGCUGGAAAUUGUUGAGGCAGGUGCUGUUCAGAAGUGUUUACAGCUUCUACCCAAUGCUGCACCUUCAGUUCAAAGUGAAAUAACUGCUGCUUUGGCAGUCCUGGCUCUUGGAGAUGAGCUAAAGGGUGGGAUGCUAUCCAUGGGUAUUAUUGAGGUUCUCCUUCCUCUCACUGCCAUUGACAAUAUCGAGGUCCAGGGUAACAGUGCUGCUGCUCUUGGUAAUCUGUCAUCGAAGGUAGGAAACUAUGACCCAUUUAUUAAAUGCUGGACUGAGCCUGCGGGAGGUGUCAAGGCUUUUCUUGAAUCAUUCCUCACAAGUCAAGAACCUACUUUUGAGCAUAUUGCAGUUUGGAUGAUCCUCCAACUACUUGAGGCUGAAGACAAGCGACUCACAAGGCUCUUUGUGGAGUCACCAGAGAUUCUCAAGCUUGUAGAAUCACUGGCUCAACGGGAAGUUGUUGAUAGCGCAGGCAACCCGCUAAAUGCUAAUAACAGGGGUAAUAACCCUGAAGAUCAGACAUAUGCCAGUCAAAUGGCAGUUCCAGCUCUCGCAAAGCGCGUGAUCUCCCUUCUUAAAUAA